CAACAGUUCGUGGUCUGCCAAAAAUUGAAAAGCUCAGCAGCCAUCAUGGCGAACCCAAGAAAAUUCAGUGAGAAAAUAGCUUUACAUACGGCUAAACAGGCAGAAGAAACUGCAGCGUUUGAGAAAAUAAUGCGGGAAGUGUCUGAUGCAACAAGUAAAUCGGCACUGAGCAACCUAGAGGAGAUGAAGUGCACGAGAGGGGACCCCCAGAUCGUGUAUAGGGAGCGAGGUCGCACCAUGGGGGUGGGGGGGCCCAUGCGGUCUCGUCCGGUAGAGAAACGGAUCGACACGUCUCCUUACUCAAGUGGACCGUACCUCUCGCCCCCACCCACGGACACCAGCUGGCGGCGCACCAACUCGGACUCAGCACUACAUACUAGCGCGCAGACCAAUGAUUCCCUGCACAGUCCCGGCUCGCAGAGGAGAACGAUGGAGAGCCACGGUCAGCUAGUAGACGGCUAUGAGCCCAGCCGACGUCACCUCUCUGUCAGCCCUGAUGGCAGACCUAGGUCCUGCUGUGACGUUCCCAGGGUCCCUGGCAUCAACAUAUUUCCAUCAGCGCAGGAGCCUGGCACCAUUCAGAUUCCAAUAGGGAACAACACCGGUUCAUUGCCCGAUCUCACCAGCUUCCACUUCCCCUCUCCGUUGCCCACCCCUCUGGAUCAGGAGGAUCACAACAGUUCACCGUAUAGCAAUAGCCCACAAGGAACCAGUCCUUCAACGCUUUCCCCCACUUCCCGACCCCAGGGGCGCUUCUCGUUCGGGGGCUCCCCCCCCAACCAGGAGUCUCCCGGUCCUAGCCCCCCCAGUCCCCACUUGGGAGCCAAUGUUGGCAACCAUCUAUCUGUGCCUUCCCAGCUCAACAAUAUUCUACAUACAUGUAAGAGCGUCACACUAGACAACAGCGUUGGAGGGGGUAAAGACCAGUACAAUCCGCAGAUAGUCUACCCGCAGCAGAGAGGGCCGUCUCCGCAGCAACAGCCAUCGCCCUGCAGUCCGCUCGCACAAACCUCUUCACCAGUACCUGUCGUGGAUUAUGUCAAUUCACUUAACUCAUACAGAUCACCCCAUCCAGUUCAUAGGCCAAGUCCACAGAAUUCUCCGGGCCUUACAGUUAAGUAUGGAAGCCCGAGUCCGCUGAGUAGUAGUCCGCAGAGUCCCUCGUCUCCAUCCAGUACCGGGCCCAUACCCUUCUCUGAGCACAACAGUUACUACAUUAGCCAAGCACAAGCCAAUGCUCUUCAGCAACACUUUGAACAGUUCAGUAUGAUGGACAGUCCUGGGUCACUAGACUACAUCGGGUCAACAAAUAACACCUCACCUUAUUCGCAGACAGAAGACGCAUGUCCCCAAGAGUUAACAACGGAUCCUGGCUACUUCAGCACGUCGCCCUCCCAGCAGCUGCAGUACUCCAGGCAUAGUGCACAAACAACGCCCAAUACGCCCUCCAGUAUUCCAGAUAUAGUUCUCACUGACUUCUCGAGUACGGCGGAGGAGCUAGCCAGUAGAGCUGAGGCAGAGCUGGCCAAGGAGCUGGGCUGUGCGAUGGCAGGCAGCUUCGACUCCGACCUGUUCCUCUCGGACGAUUGUCUGCGUGAGGGCCUCGUGCCGAUCGAUGUGGAUGGCCUGCAGAUGUUGACCGACCCGACGGAGAUCAUCACAGAUCCCAAUGCCGAGGAACAUUUCAGACUGGACAGGAUCCAGUGAGGUUCACCUCGUGAGGACUCCAACAAGAUAAGAGUGUAUCUAUAGUACUAUUAUUUUCUGGUCUGUUCCGUUUACAUCAAGAGAAUUUCAUUGUAAUGGACAGUAUGUCGGAGAGUGCCAUAAACAUGUUAAAACGUAUGGAGAAAGUCGUGGCUUUUUAAAAGCCCCCCACGUGUAGACAAAAUAAACAGAAGUGUUGUAGCGAAAUCUUAUAAACUGAAAUAUUUAUUUAGGUCUAAACAUUGAUUUUAUUUUAUUUUAAGAUUUAUUUAAAUUCAGUUCAUAGUGUUGAAUUUACAGUACUGAUUUUUUAUGAACGAUGAAUUUUAUAUUUUUGUAUUAUAUAUUCAACCCGUUCUGUAAUUCAAUUUUUGGAUCUGCAGCUGAAUGAUUCUUAAUAAGCCAUGCAAGAAAUUUUAAACUACAAUUUUCAAAUGCUUGGGAUCAGAAAGGGUAUAUGCUUUUUUCUCUCCAUGUUGUUGGGUUCUUAAUAAAGAGAAGAAACUAUGUCAUCUA